CGCUUAUAACAUUAAUAAACGUUUAAGAGGAAGGUUGUCUUAUUAAAUUGUCCUUGUUCAUAAUACAGGAAUUCCCAGAAUAAUCUUUCAUAUUUCAAAUUACCCAUUAUGUAAGUUGGUAACACAAUUUUUUCUAGCCAAUGAAAGAAAGUUUACUUUUCAUUAAUAAAUUGUCACUGUGAAAUUGUGGACUGCUGUUUAACGAGGUUUUAUGAAUUGAAAACGUUUUUAAAAUGCACAAAUCACACUUAGAAUAGGAGUGUGGAUCAAUCAGUCGCCGUCUUACGCUGAUGUUCAACUGCUGUAGGUUCCUAAAAGUGUGACCUGGUUGCCUCAAUCAUAAUGCAGUUGAGUCAGAUCAACAGCCAGUGCAAAACUCCGUUAAAUCGUUAACUCUAAAUAAUUGGGAUAGAGAUUAUGAUGAUGACAAUGACAAGUUGUACAUAGCAAUUGCUCAUGUGUUACAGCUAAAUUUCAAACAUCAGAAGAAUAUUAAAUAAAAUUAAAACUAUAUUAAAAAUAUUAUUAAUUUAAAAACUAAAAAUAUUAAACUCAAUAGCCACUAAAAAUUACUGAAAAGUCGCGGAUACGUAUUUCGGAAACAAUGUUACCAUUAUCAACGCUAAAAACAAAAACUAACGCAGAAAUUAGAAAGUUCGAGAAACUCUAUGCUGAUGAAUCAGAAAUGUAAAGUAUGCGAUGAACCAGCUGCUGGAUUUCAUUUUGGAGCGUUUACAUGCGAGGGAUGCAAAUCGUUUUUUGGACGCGCUACUGCCAAAGCACCAACCCUUUCGUUUUUUUUGACUGAAUGCAAGACUAGUGGAGGUCGAUGUGUAAUUGAUAAAAAUAAUAGGACGUCUUGUAAAGUUUGUCGCUUAAAAAAAUGUUUAACGGUAGGCAUGUCAAAGAGUGGCUCCCGUUACGGUCGUCGAUCAAAUUGGUUCAAAAUGCACUGUCUGCUACAAGAACAACAGCAAUUUAACAUAAAACACGGAAUGGAUUCAGCAAACUCAGCUCUAUGUAUUAUGCCAAAAGCAUUGCUUCGUCAGUCUAAGUACUCUGCUUUUCAUAAGCCAAACAAGUAUUGUGUUAACUAUAAUAUUGACGAAAGUUCCAAACCAAUCGACCUCCGAAUAAAACAGUCAAUUACACCUGACCAUGACGACUUCAAAAAUAACAAUAAAGUCAAUAAUCGUCAAUUAUCUCUCGAAAAUUCAAAAAACUACCAAUUAUUGGUGCCACUUGAUUUGACUCGAAAAAACAAAGAUCACAUACUUCUAAGUACCUAGUGUUAAAAAAUAUAUAUUAAACAAGUCGAUUACUUAUUAUAGAAAUAUUAAAAUUGAAUAUUUCAAAUGAGUUAGGUUAAUUCUAUUUUAAGUAAUAAUAAGUUGUUAUUGUUGUAAUAUAGCUUAAAAAAAUGUUAUAUAAUGUAAAAAUCAACAGUGUUAAAAGUAAUGUAAAAUAUACAAUAUAUCAAAAUAUACUUCUA